AGCAUAACUGAAGACGUCUUUUUUGUGAGACAGAUUGUUUACAUCAUGGCGGCGUUGGAUUUCAAAGACAACCUUCUUGGGAUUUCCUGGGUGGACAGCGGCUGGGUACCGAUUCUUAACCCUGGAAAUGUACUGGACUACUUCUCUGAGAGAAGUAACCCCUUCUAUGACCGAACCUGUAAUAAUGAGGUAGUGAAGAUGCAGCGGCUUACUCUGGAGCAUCUGAAUCAGAUGGUGGGAGUGGAGUACAUUCUGCUUCACGCUCAGGAGCCAAUUCUUUAUAUAAUCCGGAAACAACAGAGACAGUCGGCAACACAAGUGAUUCCUUUGGCUGACUACUACAUCAUAGCAGGAGUGGUGUAUCAGGCACCAGAUCUGGGAACAGUAAUCAGCUCCAGAGCGCUGUCUGCUUCCCAUGGAAUCCAGUCUGCUUUUGAUGAGGCCAUGUCAUAUUGUCGCUACCACCCAUCCAAAGGAUACUGGUGGCACUUCAAGGACCAGGAGGAGAGAGAAAAAAACAAACCCAAGUCGAAGAAGAAAGAGGAACCGAGUUCUAUGUUUCAGAGGCACCGUGUUGACACGCUCCUUUUAGACCUCAGGUCAAAGUUUCCACCAACAUUCUACCAGCCCAAGCCUGGUGAGAAGCCAAUUCCAGUUGAGGUGAAGAAAGAGCCCGAACCCCCCGCAGAAGCUGUUAAACAAGAGGAAAGGGAACCAGCCACAAAGUCCUCCGCCCCAGCUCCGCCAAGCAAACCACCUCCUGAGAAGAGAGCAAGGCUGCAGUGAGAAGAACAGUUAUGCUUCUCACACUCUUGGAAGAUGGAGCAAGGAAAUGUAGAGUCCUACAGCACUAACCAGCUUGGGAGUAUUUCUGUUCUCUUGUCAAAUUUGAAGAUCGUCUGCCCCUCUGCUCAUUCGAUCAGUUUACAGGAGGCUAAGAAUGAACUGGCACAAAAUAAUGCCAGUUGCUUGUCUCCGUGCCAGUACUACUUUUACAUCGUAACCUAAGUCUUGUGCACGUGAUCAGUUUGGCAUCAUGGACAUUUCGGGCAGCUGUGCUACAAACAGGGCUUAACUGCUUGAUGUCAGCAGACAUUUAGCAGUAUUCACAGAGGAUGAGGGUUUUUUGAUGAAGAGCUGACAUCAGCAUCAAUGUCGGUUUACUGUCGACGUGAGCGUAAUAUUUGUGUUGUAAUCAUUUCAGAGGACAGUUUAGUUCCCAGUGUGCUUUACAGGGUGAUGUGUCAGAAUGCAUCAUCUGUAAAGCACAAAGCUUCUUGACUUCAGCACCUCUCUUUAGUUACAAAUACUUUCAUCUAUUGUUUUGUAAGGACUAUUUUUGUUUGUGUUUUUGUAUUAAAAUGUAUCAGCUACUGUA